GCGCUUCCAAAACGCGAGAACGAUCAAACCAGCAUUCUCCUCGCUCAAUCUCACUGUCUCUCAGGUCCUGAGGAUGCAGUGCAUUGCCCCAAUGGCGACUGGUCUGCCACUUAUCAAAACCCCGGGACAUUACGCAUUCCAACGCAAGAGCGCAUUCGUCGUUCUCGUACGACCUAACCACCGGCGUCGUCAAAGCCUAAUGUCCACGAAGGCUAUGGCAGAGACAGUGGAAGAGGGCCAGAACAAGGAUGGCGUCCGCUGCUACAUGACAAAGGAGGGCGCACUCGUCUGUGAACGUCUUCCAGCUGGCAACUACAGGCUGGAGGCAGCAGCGCCACGGACUCACGACGAGGCUGGGGCUUUGAAGGAUGCACCGCGAUGCGACCCCACUCGUCCAGAGGAGUGCCUGACAUACUGCUAUGUCAUGGACGACGGCUCUAUGGUCUGUGAGGGGCUUCCCAGCGGUGAAUACCAGAUCAAAACUGCCGGUCCCGAGGAUGUGGAGAGGAUGGUGCAGCACGCACUGGCAUUGGAGCAGGGAAAAACUUACAAGGACUUGAGCUCUGCCGCAGCACCCACUCCUGAGGCCAAGAAGAAGAGCGAGGAUUUUGCUCGGAGGAUCUUCCCUGCAACCCAGAUCAAGCACGGUUGCAUCAACUUGCCUCGCGAGCGACUGUUCCAAAAGAUGACCCGCAGCGAGUUUGUGGAGUACAUCCAGACGAGCACCAAGGACAUCGCAGAGCGUGCAGCAAAGAUCUCCCUUGCUAAUUGGGGUGGCGUGAGGAGCGACAUCACGCAUCUGGUGUUCGGAACGAUGUCGGCUGUGAUCGACAGUCCAACGAUGGAUGCCAAGCUGAUCAAGUCCCUGGGCCUACUGCCCACCACCAAGCGCAUCAGCGUGCAGCAGAUGGGCUGCCUGACAGGUUUCAGGCAAGUCACAAACUCCGCCCAUUGCCCCUGGUGCCUUAGUCUGGCUACUGAGAUCGCCAGGUCGGACCCCAAAGCUCGUGUGCUGGUGGUGGUUGCUGACAUCAGAUCUGGGCUGCAGAACCAGCUGCCGGCCCACACAGCGGGCGAGCCCAUGUCCCGCGUCACCAUUGUCUCAUGCGCGCUCUUCCGCGACGCUGCCUCUGCUGCAGUCAUCGGCGGCAGCCCGCACAUGGGCCGGGAGGUGCCGUUGGCGGAGGUGCAGCGGUGCGCGAGCCUGCUCAUUCCCGACACGGAGGACUACGUGCGCAUCAAGGACGGCGACGACGGCACCAUCUCCUGGUACAACAAGAAAGAGCUGCCCGACGUCGUCUCCGCCGGCGUUCCCACCUUCGUCACCGACACUCUCCUGCAGGGCACUGGGCUGACGGUGCAGGAUGUGCAGUUCAUCAUGCACCCGGGUGGCCCCAAGAUCCUGCACGGCCCGGCCGAAAUCAUGGGCGUGGGCAACGAGAAAUUCCAGGCUUCAUGGGAUUUCCUGCAGAACCACGGCAACACUUCCGGCUCGUCCAACCUUGCGCUGCUGCAUGUGGAGCUGACACGUCCGGCUGGCGCUGUUCCCUCCAGCCACGUGGUCUGCAUCGGCAUCGGCCCUGGCCUCUCCCUGGAGGGGCUGCUGCUGCGCCGCAUCACUCCAGACCCUGCAGUGGCGGCCAGGCGGCAGCUGCGCAUGAUCAGGUCCAAUCUGUCCCUGGAGAGGCCCAGCGGCUGGAGCGCUGACCUGCCGGAUGAGGCCAACCACAUCCAGUGA